ACCACAGUUGAUUUUUCAGUUGUCUUCUUUUUCUUUUUCUUUUUUUGAGAAGAUUUUUUCUAAGAAUCUAGGAUGGCAGACAGUUCAAGAACGAUGAAUCAUCAAGAAUUAUUCAAUGAAGAAAACCUUAUUAGUAGAGCACAGUAAAGUCACUCUUCACAAUCUUCAUAGCAAAUAUCGGGCACAAGGCCAGCUUUUGCUAUAACAAAAUGUUCCUUGGCUCCUCCUAUGGCUGACAGCAACAGGAUGUAGUCCAUAAGAUUUAUCGUAGUUUCAUUUUAUCAUUUAUACUACCCAAUUUCCUGGAAAUACACUUCAACCCAUGUCUUUAGCACUACCACAUCCUCUCUCCUUCUUGUUUCUUGUUCUAUUGCUGCCAUAUUUCACCAGAGCUCAAACAUCCAAAAACCAAUCUUUAGGCUCAUCCCUCACUGCAGACAAGAAGGACUCUUACUGGGCAGCGCCUAAAGGUGAAUUUGCUUUUGGUUUCCAACAAAUUGGAAAGGGAGGCUAUCUACUUGCCAUCUGGUUCAACAAAAUCCCUGAAAAAACCAUUGUCUGGUCAGCCAAUGGAGAUAAUCUUGUGCCAGGAGGAUCCAAAGUUGAGCUUACCAAAGAUGGCAGAUUUGUUCUCAAUGACCCAACAGGCAAUGAGAUAUGGAAAGUUGACUCAGUCGGUUCAAGAGUUGCCUAUGCAGCCAUGCUUGAUAGUGGAAACUUCGUGCUAGCAAGCCAGGAUUCUAGCCUUUGGUGGGAGAGUUUUGAUCAUCCAACUGAUACAAUAUUACCUUCACAGACAAUGAAUCAGGGCAGCAAACUUGUAGCUCGUUACUCAGAAAGGAAUUACUCCAAUGGAAGGUUCCAGUUUACACUGCAAUCAGAUGGAAAUCUUGUGCUUGAAACUAGAGCUUUCCCCUUGGAUUCUUCUAAUUCAGCUUAUUGGUCAAGUAAAACUGUAGGCAGUGGCUAUCAGGUGGUCUUCAAUCGGUCUGGCUCUAUAUACCUUAUAGCAAAAAAUGGAAGCACGGUUAAAUAUAUAACAUCAAAUGCUGGUUCCACACAGGACUUCUAUCAGAGAGCAAUUCUUGAAUAUGAUGGUGUUUUAAGGCAUUAUGUCUACCCAAAAAUCAGCACUAAUAGUUCAAUUAUCAGAAGGUGGCCUAUGGCCUGGUCUUCUUUGUCAACCUUCAUACCUUCUAAUAUCUGCAAGGAUAUUGUUGAAGGCACAGGUGGUGGAGCUUGUGGAUUCAACAGCUACUGCAAACUAGGAGAUGAUCAAAGACCAAAUUGCCAAUGUCCAGAUGGAUACACCUUUGUUGAUCCAGAUGAUGUUAUGAAGGGAUGCAAACCAAACUUUCUUCAACAAAGUUGUGAUAAAGCAUUGCCAGAAACUGAUCUUUUCUAUUUUCAGCCCAUGCUGAAUACAGAUUGGCCCCUGUCUGAUUAUGAGCACUUUCAAGGCCAAACUGAGGAUUGGUGCAGGAAAGCUUGCUUGGAUGAUUGUUUCUGCGCUGUUGCUAUUUUCAGAAAUGGGGAGUGUUGGAAGAAGAAAUUCCCUGUCUCAAAUGGGAGGAUGGAUUCCAGUGUUGGAGGAAAAGCUCUGAUCAAAAUAAGAAAAGACAAUUCUACUUUGAAGCCUUCAUGUGCAGAUUCAAAGAAGAAAGAUCAUUCAACACUGAUACUCAUUGGAUCAGUGCUCUUAAGCAGCUCAGUGUUUCUUAACUUACUCUUGUUUUUGGCAGCCUUUUUGCUUGUUUUUCGUUUCAACAAUUCGAAGCCAUUAAACCCAGUUAUGCCAGGCAUGAACUUGCAAAGCUUCACUUAUGAGGAGCUAAGAGAAGCCACAAAUGGAUUCAAGGAAGAGCUGGGGAGUGGUUCCUUUGCAACAGUAUAUAAGGGGGUUCUAAAAUCUGAGGAUAGGUACCCUGUUGCAGUUAAAAAAUUGAAUAAUAUGGUGAGAGAAAGCGACAUGGAGUUCACAGCUGAAGUGAGGGCUAUUGGCAGAACAAACCACAGAAAUUUGGUCCAACUGCUAGGAUUCUGCAACGAGGGGCAGCACCGGCUUCUUGUAUAUGAAUUCAUGAGUAAUGCUUCUCUAGCAAGCUUCCUCUUUGGCGGUUCACAGCCAAAUUGGUAUCAAAGAAUGAGAAUUGCUUUAGGAACUGCAAGAGGCCUCUGUUACUUGCAUGAAGAGUGCAGCACCCAGACCAUACAUUGCGACAUCAAGCCACAAAACAUCCUCCUGGACGACUCUUUUACCGCUAGAAUUUCUGACUUUGGAUUAGCCAAGCUUUUGAAAACGGACCAGUCUCGAACUACUACUAGAAUCAGGGGCACUAAAGGGUAUGUUGCCCCAGAAUGGUUCAGAAACAUGCCUGUUACAGUUAAGGUAGAUGUUUACAGCUUUGGCAUUUUGUUCCUAGAGCUCAUUUGCUGCAGGAGGAGUUUCGAAGCAGAGGCACAGGAUGAGGAUCAGAUGAUACUUGCUGACUGGGCUUAUGAUUGCUUUAAGGACAGGAAAUUGGAGCUGUUAGUGGAGAAUGAUGAGGUGGCAUUAAAUGAAAAGAAGAGAAUGGAGAAAUAUGUGAUGAUUGCACUAUGGUGCAUCCAGGAGGAUCCAUCACUAAGGCCAACAAUGAAAAAAGUGGUACAAAUGAUGGAAGGAGCUGUUGAGGUCCCGGUUCCUCCAGAUCCAUCCUCAUUUAUCAGUUCAAUGUAAAUCCUUUAAUAUAAAGUACUCUUCUGGUUGUUUAAGGCCUUGUGCAUGUUAAAUUGUUGACAUUAUCAGAUUGGUAAGUCAAGAAAUAUCUAGGAAUGGUGUGCUCAUGAAUGUCAAAUAAGUUUCUGUAUAUCUCAAGACUAUCUCAAUAAAAUGCCAACUAUUG